AGGGUGGUUCCCAUGCUGAUUUUUGGGGUUCACAUGGUGGGUUUUUGGGGUUCCCCUGUUCAUUUUUGGGGUUCCCAUGCUGAUUUUGGGGUCCCCUGUGGAAUUUUGGGGCGCAGGGCGGGCCGGGCGCUUCUCGCAGUUCCUGCUGCUGACGGAAGCAGCAGCGGCAGCUCCAGGAGCUGCAGCUGCACGUGGAGCAGCUGCGGGCAGCGGUGGCAGCAGCCGAGACCCCCGAGGAUUUGGGGGGACCCCCGGGGGACCCCGAGACUGAGAUCCGGGAGCUGCGGGAGCAGGAGCGCCGCGGGCGGGAGCAGCUGCAGCAGCUGCGGGCGGGGUUGGCGGAGCUGCUGGCCCAGCUGGGGGGAGGAGCAGGGGGACCCCCGGGAGCCCCCCGGGUCUGGGGACCCCCGGGGACCCCCCCCGGGAGCCCCCCGGGUCUGGGGACCCCCGGGACCCCCCCCGGGAGCCCCCCGGGGCUGGGGACCCCCUGUGGGAGCAGCUGCGGCUCCUGGAAAUUGGGGUGACCCGCGGCUGCUGCGGGGGGGGGCGCCCCGAGAGCCGGGAGGAAGAGGAGGAGGAGGAGGAGAGACCCCUGAGCCCCCGAGAGCUGCGCGAGAGGGUCCUGAGAGAGGUGCUGACCCGCGAGGGACCCCUCCCCCCGCCCCGGCUGAACCCGGGGGGUCCCUGAGCCCCCCCUCCCCCACCGGACGUCGCUGUCCCCCCACCCCACCCCGUUGCCAUGGAAACCCAGCAAAUAUUUGGGGCGGCCGCGGCCGCGUUGCCCCGGCAGCGGCCAAACUUCCCAAAACAGCCCAAAAACGGCCCAAAACGAGCCCGGGGGGGAGGGGGAAGUGGGGGGAGGGGCGGGGCGCCGCCCUUUGUGCCCCGUGUCACCCACCCAGGGGCUGGGGGCGCUCGUGGGUGCCCCUCCCCCCCCUUGGGGACACCCCAGGGACCCCCCAGAGCCCCCCCCCCUUCGUGGUGAUGCCCUGA